AUGCUUGCCAGUGCCAGGGCAGUGCAAGGAGGAACGGCAGAGACGAUAGAGAUGAAGAGUGUGGUCUUCAAGGCACCAGCAAAGAUUUCUGAUGCAAAACUUCAGGUGAACCUACGUGAUGCUGGAGCUGUUGUCCUUUGUGGGAGCCAUGACGUUGUUGAAGCAGCGUCUGUGGUAAACAGCCGUGAGUUGCCGAAGGCACCUUUUGACUUGCCCAGCAAAGAAGACCUGAGCUUUGCCAAAGUGAACUUGGAAGACUUCUACCGUUCCUUGGAAUCACAAGGUGUUCGGAUGGGCCCACGCUUUCGUGUACUCCAGGAUGCUCGUCGCAAUGACAAAAUUGCGGUGGCCGAGCUGGCCUUGCCUGCAGAUGUCGAGGCGUGGGAGCACGCGCUGCAAUUUCCGCACUGGAGCUUGCUUGACGGGGCGUUCCAAUUGCUUGGUGCGCUUGGUCAAGAUCGCGCUGGGAUGUGCGUGCCAUUCAGCUUGGAAAGCUGUUGUCUUUCAAAGGUGCCCAUUGAAGGCAAAGCGCCCAGAUUGAGGGCAUGGGUUCGAUUGACUGAUGUCCAGAAGGGAUUGAUGAAAGGCGAUGCGAUUCUGGUUACAAGCACGGGCAAGGUUGUGGCCUCUUGCCGCGGUUUGGCAGCCAGAAGUCUGAGUGUGCACAGACAACCUCAGGAUUUGUACCAACUCGGUUGGCAGCGACUGAGCUAUGGCGCGAAGAGCUUCAUCAUUUCGCGCGGAGAGAUUGGAGAGGACGUUGUCAAAAUGACCAAUCACGAUGGAUGCCAUGUCUUGGCACUUCCCUGUUGGAAGGCAAAGGCAGAAGAAGAGGAGAUAGAGGACUUGACGCUUCGAGCUAUCGAGAUGCUGCGUGUCUUGCAGCAAGCGGCAGCAAACAAGGAAACUUGGUUUGUUGUGGUUGCUGGCAACGGUGCCUUCGCAGAGGCUUGCUUCAGUGCAGUGUCCAGCAUGCUUCGCAGCGCCUUGUGCGAGCAGCCAUUGGAUGUGCAGGUGGUCCAUGUCAAUGCCACUACAUGGGAAUCGGUGAGGUCCAUCCUGGCAGAGACCAAACUGCCACUGAUCUCUGAAGAUCCUAUUUGUCGUGUAGUGGAUGGUGUCCUGGAAGCACCGCGGCUGCAGAAGUGGGUUCCAGAUGGCUCUGUCGCAAGAGAUGCUAUUCGCAAGGGAGGCCGAUAUGUAGUCACUGGCGGCAGCGGCGCUCUUGGUGAAAGCUGUGUGCACUGGCUUUUGGGUCGAGGAGCCGGACAUGUGACAAUCUUGUCCCGAAGCGAGCCUAAAUUUUCUGAUGAACGUGUGAGAUGGCUCAAAUGUGAUGUGUCCAAAGCCGCUGAUUUGAAAGCCACAGCUGCAAAAUGCAAAGACUCCCAAGAUGUCAACGGCAUCGUUCACGCUGCUGGGGUGUUGGCUGAUAAGAUGUUGGCUGAGCAGACACAGCAGAACAUCCGCAUGGCUUUUGGCCCCAAGGUGUUGGCUGCCUUGCUGUUGCCCAAGUUGCUGGAACCAACAGACUUUGUCGUACCUUAUUCGGCAGCAAACGCAGCGAUUGAUGGCUAUAGCGCGUUUGCGGUGCGUUCUCAAGGUACCAGGAUGCUCAGCAUUCAAUGGGGCCCUUGGAAGGAAGCUGGCAUGGCAGCGAACGAGAAGGCUUUGAGGCGCGCAAGUGAUUUCGGCUUUGGCGCGUGGAGCAACGACCAAGGCGUUGCGAUGAUGAGCUACCUCUUGACUGCAAAGGCUCAGGGGAGUGUCUGUUUGGCGUUGAAGCAUGAUUUGCAGUUCUGGCCCCAUGGCCAGAUGUUUGGCCCGAGCAGUUGGAAGGCAGCUCUUCCUCAGGAUUCCCUGGAGUCGCAGAUUCACCGUGUGAUAGCAGAUUUGCUGAAUGAUGAGGUGUCCUUAGAUGCAGAUUUGAAUGAGUCUGGCCUCGACUCCCUAGGCGCCGCAGAAAUGGCCAGGUCUUUGUCAGCCCAAUUUGGCAUGAAGCUCCCGGCCACUUUGCUGACAGAUGCUCCAACAGAGAAAGACCUGCAAGCGUACAUUCGCAAGGAGAUGGCCAGUCAGAGCAGACCUCAAGGCUCUCCUGCGGUCCAGCGCACAACUUUGGUGGUCGGUGCUGGUGUAGGUGGAGUGGCGUUUGCCCAGCAACUGGUGCGCGCAGGUGAGCGUGUCAUUGUGAUGGAAAGGUCUGCAGAAGCGGGAGGUUGUUGGUCUCUCGGAAAUACAUCAUCGCAGCUUCAGAUCGAUUCUCCCUCCUACAUGCUGGACUAUGAACAACCAUUUCCUUGGCAAACAACGUACCCCAGCAAACAGCAGGUCAUGGCGCAGGUUUCUUCAGUCGCUCAUGAGCUACCCGAUUUGCGACUGCGGCACACUGUCCAUUCGGUCGAGACCCUUGCAAGAGGUGAGUACUUGGUGAGAUACUCGGACGACUUGAACCAAAAUCGAGAACUCCGAGUGGAUGGGGUGGCGUGCUUUUUGGGAGGCUUGCACCGCCCCAAUGAUCUCCGAUUUCCAGGCAAAGACGUGUUGAUCGUUGGGCAUGGAGCUUUUGCGGUGGAGAACCUUCGAACAGCCCUUCAGAACAAUGCCCGCUCCGUCAUCAUGGUGGCCAGGCGGCGCAAUGUGGUGUUCCCCACAGUGGUGAAUUGGCUCAUCAACUCCGUUGACAAGACUCUUUCAAUCCGGGCAAUCCGCCCGAUUCUGGCUCAGUUCUAUGCUGCAGUUGGCCUCACUUUGGAGGAUUUACCUGGGCUCGAUGGCGAUUCAAUUGAUUUCCGCAUCCCAGUUUCCUUUAUGCCAUGCAAUGAUGCCAAGGCAAUGGGAGUCUUGAAGGUCAUUAUAGGUGACAUAUUCCUCAAAUGUCUUGGCUUCCAUCGCGAUGACUUGGUGCGACAAAUCUUCGGACGAGACCUCGAACGCAAUGCUAGCUUCUGGAUCAAUGGCGACCCGAACUUGGUCGCCAACGAUCAAUUUCAGGUGCCAGAGAGAGUGAACAGCCUCCUGUGUCCAAGCUAUCCUUUCUAUGUCCAAGCUUUCGCCAAAGCCUUCUUGUACUACCGAAACAAUCCAGAGGUCUUCGAGAAGACCAAGUUUGCUCCUGGAGUCGAUGUGACCAUCAUGUGGGAGCACUUUGGGCCGACCAAAGAGAAAGUCGCGCAAGUCACGGCACACCAGCUACCCUUCCACUUCUUUGUGGCCCAGCGAGCUCCGCUUCUCUCGGUUGCUGACUUCGAUGAGCUCUUGCGCCCAGCGAGUGCCAUGGUGGCCCGACUUUGGCCUACAAGCCUCCAGAACCUCUGGGGCGCUUUGACCGUGCCACGCCGGCUGAGAGUCUUGUUCUUCCAUGGGCAAAAGACCGAUGCGGCCAUUGCCUAUGAACUGUUGAAACGCCAAGGCUGGCUGACGCAGACGAUGGAUUUUGUGAUUUUCGAUGGCCCGCACAGCGUGCUGGCUGACACAGACGAUGAACAGCUUCAGCGCGUUGGCCUUACUCAACUGGUUGAGGAGAUGAAGUAUGUGCCUGGUGGAGAAUACAAGGAAUGGUGUGCCAACUUUGAUAUCUUCUUCGAUAUCCACAUGAAAAAUGAGCAGCGAGACCUUUCCAGCGAGGAGGAAGACUUGGAGCUGAAACGUUAUGAAGAGGCAUUCGUCUACCUCAAGCAACAUGCCAAAAGUCAUGGUCCAUUUGACGCAGUGGCUGGGUUUUGUCAAGGCGCCGCAUUUGCACAAGCUGCGCUGUGGAAGCAGCAGCAGAGUGACAUUGGCCUUGGAGAAGUGCGAAUGAUGAUAGCUAUGGCUCCAUGGCAAUGCCCCUACCACGAAAAGAAGGGCUGCUUUCAACAGCCGCUGGACAUGCCGCUGCUGUUACUCCAUGGGCGCAAGGACUGCGCCAAUGGGGUCUAG